AUGCCUGCAGUUACGCGGUCGAAGUCUCCUUGCAAGAAGGCACCGGCGAAUCCAAUCCAAGCCUCGUCCGCAGCAGAUACGUCCACCAACGUCGCACCGGUCGCAAAUAUGCGAUCCCCGUCCAAGAAAGCUGCAGCCACUGGCGAAAAGAAGCCAGCUGGUGCUCACAAUGCUCUGUCCGAUGCCAUGGCUCCAGCCUUGGCGCCGCUCUCUCCUUCCAAGAAGAAGAGAAGCGCAAAGACUUUCAAUGGUGAAGAAGGCGUUGGCGCGCAAUCUUCUGAGCCUAUGAAGCGAACACGGAUCGAGAGGAGUGAUGCCCCUCUUUCCCGUCCAACAAGUGGACAACCUGAUUUGGCUGCAACAACCUAUCCUCAAGUGGAGAGGGUCGUCCUUGGUCUUGAAAACACGCCAGUAUUUGGCACUACUGGUGGUUCUCCCAAGGAGGGUCUUGAUACUGCUGUAUCAACUCCCACAUCCUCUCCAAAGUCCGUCGAAACCACGGCCGUCGCUCCAGUUUUGGACGGCGAAGAAAUUGGUGCCAUGGCAAAGGCUCCAAUUUCUGCGGUCACUGUUACAGCUGGCCAAACCGAUGAUAAGACGGUUGUCGAGCAACCUUCACCUCACUCCGCUGCCGAUUCUGCAGACCCUUUGACUGCCAACGAGGCAGAAGCCCAUCUUCCUGCUGCACCUCAGGGUUCUUCUUCGAGCGAUCUCGAGGUUGCGAAGGAGGAACUUGCUGCCAAGGCAGAAGAGAUUGCUGAGCUGGAAGUUAAUCAAGCUAAAUUACGGAGGGAGCUUGGAGCUGUCUUAGAAGAGAGAGAUGCUCUUGAGAUCAAGGAAGAGGAAACUCGUGAGGAAAUCAACAGAGCCAGAGAGAACUUGAGAGACCGCUUGGAAGCAACUCAUAAGCUCCGACGUGAGAGAGACGAACUUAUUGACCAAAACCAACACCUUUCUACACAAAACGGAACCCUUUCUGAAAUGAAUGACGUCCUAAGGAACGAUGUCGAGCGACUCGCCCAGGAAAAUAGGGGGCUCAAGAACACUGUUGACGGUUAUCGUAGCGCCGUCAAUAUUCUCAAUGAACAAGUUCCUUACCCCACCUCAGAUCAACGUGAACUCGAGCGAACCAGGGGGCUUCUUAGGGCCGAAACGGCGAAGACCGCGGAAUAUGAGGUUGAGAGCAUCGAACCAGUCGAUCCGGCUCAAGCAGGUACAUCCCACGAAAAUCAUAACCGCGAGGAACAUGCUCGGGAAGAUCGCUCUCGUCGUUAUCGUACACCAACUCCGGGCAACAAUGGUGACAACAUUGAUUAUGUCGACAACGAUGGUGUCGAAGACGAUGACUCCAGUAACGCGAGUUACGAUGACUCCAGUGACGAUUACGAUCUUCCUCUCCCAGAAGCUCCAGCAGGUGGAGUUACUGGCACUCAACAGUCUAAUCGAUCUUCUAGUUCAGUCGAAUUUUUGAGAUCAGUUAGGUUGGAGUGUCGUCAUGACCGUGGUUAUAGCGGAAAUACCUGUCGCCAGUGUGGCGUUCAGGUUCUCGCCGAGGGACAUCCCGAGUCGGAUCGUGAUAGAUCCGUUGCUCCUGAGGAUGAGUUAACACCUAGUUCCAGUGAUGAAGAAGAGCGCAACCGUGAUAGCUCUUCUUAUGAACCACCCGAAGCUGAUAUCAAUACCCAGGAUGAAGCACAACAGGUCGGUUCCCCAGUCCUCUCUGGCAAUGAGGACUCUGAAGACAGCGACCAGGAGGAUGAAUCUCCUUGUCCUUCAAUUUCCAGGAAGAGAAAGGAAAGUCCUGUCAGCGCAUCGAGCCCUGCAAAAAAGGUCAAGUCAACCGAAACCGAAUUGGCUGGUCCUAGCAGUACUCCUGCGCCAUGUGCGUCCGUUCCAUUCCAGCCUGCAAAUCCAGGCUGGGGAUCCUCAAGAGUUCUUUCACCACAGGUUGCCGUCACUGCUCAAGCAGCUUCAACUUCUUCUUCAGCAAGUGAGCGAACUGCAGCAACAUCCUUAUUUCCGACUGUCAUCACUCGUUCUGGAGCUGCAAUUCAAUUUGGAGCUGCGACAACCUUUGGUGCCAUUGGCAGUGCUGGAUCUUCUGUUCGCUUUGGAUCUACGCAUUCAUUCGGAGGUCCAGCCUUAUGGGCAAGAAGUCCUUUUGUCGCUGCUUCUCCUAAGGAGGAUGCUGCUGAAGAAGACAAGCCAGCUGAUGAAAAGAAGUAA